AUGUCUGAAGUAUUUCUUCAAGAACAAAGCUAUGGAAAAGAUCGAAUUCGACUAGUUAAGGUUAUCCGUACAGGAAAAUUCCAAGAAAUUGUGGAACUCACGGUACGCGUACUUUUAGAAGGCGACUUUACCGCCGCUUACACAAAAGCCGAUAAUUCACUUGUUAUCGCGACGGAUACAAUGAAAAACACGGUCUAUAUACUUGCCAAACAAUCAUCAAACGUUCAACACAUUGAAGUUUUUGCCACAGAAAUUGGACAACACUUUAUUUCGACUUAUUCUCACGUUUCCAAAGUCAAUGUUUGGGUAACCAAACACAAAUGGACAAGAAUGCUAGUUAAUGGAAAUUUACACGACCAUUCAUUCAUUAGGGAUGGAGAAGAUGUUAGAAACACUAAAGUAAUUAUGAUCAAGAAAGCUGAAUCAAAAAAUACGGCGGUUAAAAUUGAGUCAGGUCUUAAAGAUUUGUUGGUAUUGAAGACUACCGGAUCGGCAUUCUAUGGAUUCUUGAGAGACAAAUAUACGACCCUUACGGAAACCGACGAUCGUAUUCUUUCGACAAGUAUAGAUGCAACUUGGACUUUCAAUACUUCUAAUGUAUCUUCAAUUUCACAAAUCCCUUAUGACGAUAUUUUUAAUUCAAUUAGACAAAUUACUUUAGAUACUUUUGCUACAGAUAAUAGUGCAUCAGUGCAAGCCACUUUAUAUCUUAUGGCUAAAAUUGUUUUAGAAAAAUUUCAUGAGAUUAAUUCCAUCCAUUAUGAGCUUCCAAAUAAGCAUUAUUUUGCUUAUGAUCUUGAUAGAUUUGGAUUAAAAAAUUCAGGAAAAGAAUGUGAUGUUUAUUAUCCUAUAAGUGAUCCAGCAGGGUUGAUAACUGCAACUGUUGCAAGAGCCGAACCAAAACUUCGUGAGUCUUACAUCCAUACCGAAAACGGUGAUCAAAUAAAGGCAAAAUUAUAA